AUGUCAGAUGUUACGCCAGUUACUCCGUUAAAGUCCCAGAGCCCUAUAGUCACAGGUGAUUAUACUGACCGCGGUAGCCCCAGGCACACAGAGAGUUGCGGAAACGGUUCUACCCUGAUACCUGAACCUUCCGCCGAUUCCCCUUCUUCCGCCCUCAAACCCUCUUCUUCCGCCUCCCCUUCCGCCUCCGCUUCCGCCUGCGCCCCCGCGCCCGCUUCCCCUGCGCGGAACGGUCUCGUUCUCCCCGGGCGCGCGUCUCUAGACACCCUUCAGGCCUCCCCCGCCCCCCCGCUCGCGCUGGCCAACCCCCGCCGACUUUCCGCGCGGAGAAGCGCCAGCAGUGGGGAAAACUCCGCGGGACUGUCCCUGAUCAACCGCCGAACCGCAGCUGCAGGCUCGGGAAGAGGCUUGGCGAGCAGGCGCGAGGUGCCAGGGCUGAACAGGCCCGGGAGGGGUCCCGGUGGGUUUAAACUAGACAUGGGCGCGCUUCAGCGGAGCAGGGGGGAGCGGGAUUUUGCGCGGGAGGCGCAGGAAGCGCAAGCCAGGCGGGAUAAGUUCGCGUUUUUCGAAAAGGACUGUAGCCGAGUGCUGGAGCAUGUAUAUGUGGGGAGCGACUUUGUAGCGAGAAGCAGGGAGGUUCUUAAGGAGGCUGGGAUCACGCAUGUGCUGAACUGCGUGGGGUUUGUGUGCCCCGAGUAUUUUCCAGAGGAGAUUAAGUACAAGACGCUCUGGCUGCAGGACAACACGGGCGAGGACCUGCUGUAUGUCUUGUUUAACGUGUUUGACCACAUUGAGGUUGACAACACGGGCGAGGACCUGGUGUGCGUCUUAUGCGACGUGUUUGAUUGCAUUGAGGCCGUGCGGGCGGAUGAAGGGGUUGACAACACGGGCGAGGACCUGGUGUGCGUCUUAUACGACGUGUUUGAUUACAUCGAGGCUGUAAGGGCGGCGAGGGGCCGCGUGUUCAUCCACUGCUGCCAGGGCAUCUCGCGCUCCACGUCGCUCGUGAUUGCCUACCUCAUGUGGUGCGAGGGCAUUCCCUUUGGGGACGCGUUCAAGCGAGUCAAGGCGCUGAGGGCAGUGGCCAACCCCAACAUGGGCUGUCACAUGUACCGCAUGGCGCCGCACUCGCCGUACGACGCACUGCACUUGGUGCCGAAAAUUACCGCCCUCUCCCGCCACUCGCUCGACCCACGAGGGGCCUUCAUUGUGCAGAUACGGACAAAAGUAUACUGUUGGCGGGGCAAGGAAUGCCACCCGCUCAUGGCCAAGCAGGCCCUCGCAGCUGCCGCCCAGAUCAUCAAGUACGAACAGCUGGGGGAGGUGUCAUCUGCUGGUGGUGGGGAGGUGGUAUCUGCAGGAGGAGGGGAGGUGGCAUUUGGGGAAGGUGGGUCCUACAGUCAGCCAGAGGAACAGGGGAUGAGGGAAGGAAGGGGGUGUGAUUGUAUGGAAGGGGACAGAGGCAGAGAAGGAGUGGGAGGGGAGGAAGCGGCUAGAGCCGAUGGUGCUGGUGCUGGGCCCGCAACAACUGAGGAGGAGGCUCGAGAACCCUCCUCAAGGCGAAGGGCGGUGGAGGGGCAAUGGACAAUGGAGGAGGGUAGAGAAGCUAGAGAAGUUUCUUGUGUAGCUACUGGUAGUGGAGUUGAAUCGAACGUUGAGACAUCUCGGGAAAAUGCUUCCUCCUCCUCCUCCUCCUCCUCCUCCUCCUCCUCCUCCUCCUCCUCCUCCUCCUCCUCCUCCUCCUCCUCCUCCUCCUCCUCCUCCUCCUCCUCCUCCUCCUCCUCCUCCUCCUCCUCCUCCUCAUCCUCCUCCUCCUCCUCCUCCUCCUCCUCCUCCUCCUCCUCCUCCUCCUCCUCCUCCUCCUCCUCCUCCUCCUCCUCCUCCUCCUCCUCCUCCUCCUCCUCCUCCUCCUCCUCCUCCUCCUCCUCCUCCUCCUCCACCUCCUCCUCUUCCACCUCCUCCCCCCCUCACCCAGCCUUCACACCGCCCCAAAAUCCACACUACGACUCCGAUUUCGAGUACUUCCAAAAGGCGGUCAUGGGCGGCACGCCUCGUCCCAUAGCGGGUUUCGUCUCCCCAUCCUCCAAGAUCCUCCCACACAAGGGGCGGGGGUGGAUGACAGAGGAGGUGCUGUGGAGAAUGAGCUUACUUCACGAUCCCUACACUGUCCUGCACGACGCCACAACCCUUCACGACCCCUACACUGUGCUCCAUGACCCAUGCACGGGAGUGUUGCUCGAGCAGUAUGCGUCGACUUUGUCAGAUCAGCAGCGGCAGAGCUCACGGGAGUGGCCCGCUUCCUGGAAGCCGCGGCACCAGCAAUUCCCGGUGCUGCCUAAAAUGAGUGUGAGCGUUGGUGGGGUGGCGGGGCAAGGGGAGGAGAGGAGAGCCUGA